AUGUCACUGGUUUCUGGUCCGGGAAGAGGGGGUGCGUCCGCUGGUGGUCAUGUGCCAGACGAACUCAAACUGGUGGUGGAAAAGCACGUGGAGUACAUUCAGAGCCUGGACACCCGGCAAGAUGAGCUGGAAUAUUGGCUGACGGAACACCUGCGUUUGAAUGGCGUCUAUUGGGGGCUGACAGCUCUACAUCUACUCGGCCAUCCCGACGCCUUAUCUCGUCUCGCAACCAUCGACUUUAUCCUCUCCUGUCAACACGAAAAUGGUGGCUUCGGAGCGGCUCCCGGUCACGAUGCCCACAUGCUUUACACCGUGAGCGCAGUCCAGAUUCUCGGCACCGUCGAUGCACUAGAAGAGCUAGAUCGGCGUGGGAAAGCUGGAACGGAGAAGGUUGGCAAAUACAUUGCAGACCUACAGAAUCAAGAGACGGGGUCCUUUGCCGGAGAUCAGUGGGGCGAAACAGAUACUCGCUUUCUGUACGGGGCCUUGAACGCUCUUUCACUCCUCCACAUGCUUCGCCUCGUCAAUGUCUCCAAGGCAGUCACUCAUAUACAAGCCUGCGCAAACUUCGACGGUGGAUAUGGAGUCAGCCCUGGUGCAGAAUCCCAUGCGGGCCAAAUUUUCACCUGCGUGGCGGCGUUGGCGAUAGUUGGUCGACUCGAUUUGGUAGAUAAGGACCGGCUUGGCGGUUGGCUCAGCGAACGGCAGGUCCCAAACGGCGGUCUCAACGGCAGACCAGAGAAGGUGGAGGAUGUGUGCUACAGCUGGUGGGUAGGCAGUAGUUUGGCUAUGAUUGAUCGUCUUCAUUGGAUCAACGGAGACAAGCUAGCCCAGUUUAUUCUCCGAUGCCAGGAUCCAGAGAAAGGCGGCAUUGCGGACAGACCAGGGGACAUGGUGGAUGUAUUUCACACCCACUUCGGCAUUGCAGGUCUGAGCUUGAUCGGCUUUCCAGGGCUGAUAGCAGUUGAUCCGAUAUAUUGCAUGCCUCGAGAAGUAACCAAACGUCUACUGAGCAAGCUCAAUACUUGA